AUGUUGUCGAUUGCUGGCACCCUCCGCCAACUCGGCCUCGGCGCCCUUGCUGCUGCCGCAGCUCUGUCUUCUCUCAGCAGUGCCGCCGCUGUUUCCACCUCCAACCUCCAGGUCCGAUCUCUGGAGGAGCGUGCUGCUGCCGGUAACCGCCUGGUCUUUUGCCACUUCAUGAUUGGCAUUGUCGGUGACCGUGGAAGCGCUUCCGACUAUGACAGCGACAUGCAGCGGGCCAAGGCUGCCGGUAUCGACGCCUUUGCCCUCAAUAUCGGCACUGACGACUACACCGUCACCCAGCUCAACUACGCCUACCAGUCUGCCGCCAACAACGGCAUGAAGGUCUUCAUCUCCUUCGACUUCAACUGGUACCACCCCGGCAGCGAUGCUACCCGUGUUGGUCAGUUGAUUGCGCAGUACGCCAACCAACCCGCCCAGCUCCAAGUCAGCGGUCGUGUUUUCGCUUCUUCCUUUGCCGGCGAUGGCCUCGACGUCAACGCCGUCCGCUCUGCUGCUGGCACCAACGUCUUCUUCGUCCCCAACUUCCACCCCGGCCAGUCUUCCAACGCCAACAUCGACGGUGCCUUCAACUGGAUGGGCUGGGACAGUAACGGUAACAACAAGGCCCCCACUCCCGGUGCCAACGUGACUGUUGCUCAGGGUGAUGCCACCUACCAGAGCUGGCUCGGCGGCAAGACAUAUCUUGCUCCCAUCUCUCCCUGGUUCUCCACUCACUACGGCCCCGAGGUCACCUACAGCAAGAACUUUGUCUUCCCUGGUGGCGCCCUCCUGUUCAACCGAUGGCAGCAAGUCAUCCAGCAGGGUUUCCCCAUGGUUGAGAUCAUCACCUGGAACGACUACGGUGAGUCUCACUACGUUGGACCCCUGAGCUCCAAGCACGGAGACGACGGCAACUCCAAGUGGACCAACGACAUGCCCCACGACGGCUUCCUCGACCUGUCCACUCCCUUCAUUGCCGCCUACAAGGCCGGAGACACCAAUGUCGCCAACCACAUCCAGGACGAAAAGGUUGUCUACUGGUACCGCCGUAACCUCAAGACCCUCAACUGCGACGCCACCGACACCACCGCCGGCCGAAGCGCCAACAACGACAGCGGCAACUACUUUGAGGGUCUCCCCAACGGCUACCAGACCAUGGACGACAAUGUCUACGUUGUCACUCUGCUCAAGUCUCCCGCUACCUUGAGCGUCACCUCUGGUGGCAACUCCCAGUCCUUCAACGCCCCUGCCGGUGCCAACAUCUUCACUGUCCCCGCCGGCCUCGGCAAGCAGAGCUUCGUUGUCAACCGCAGCGGCCAGAACAUCCUGUCUGGAACCUCUCUGAUGGACAUCACCAACGUCUGCGCCUGCGGUAUCUACAACUUCAACCCCUUCGUCGGUACGCUCCCUGCUGGACCCUCCGACCCUCUCAGCGGUGAUGGCCUCACUUCCCUGACCAGUGGUCUCCGUGUCACCACCUGCCAGCCCCGUCCUUCUCUGGGCACCAACCCUUCAGGCCCAGCCAGCCCUCCCGCCAACCCCACCAGCAACAACCCUCCUCCCGCUUCUCGCACCAGCAGCGCCCCUACUUCUGAUCCCACCAACUCUUCGGAUACUGCCCCGUCGGACCUUGCACUUGCACAAGCUUCGGACCCGCCGGAACUCCUCCAUCAGGCGACGGCCGUGAUGGCUGCCCUCUCGCAGGAGAGUCCGACCAAUAUAAGGGAUUGUGCUCAUUCACUUGUUCAAAGGGGCGAAUAUUGUCCCGAGGGAGCUUGCCAGUACUGCUAG